UUAUUAGUAGUUAUGGCAGACAUGGAGAUUACAACUUUUAUUCCAAAUAUUAAGAGUAUAUUCAAAGAUGCUAACCUUCGCGAACUAACUGCAAAAGAUGUAAGGUUGAAAUUACAAGAAAUUCAUAAAAUAGACCUUAAACCUCGGAGAAAAGAAAUACGUCAACUUGUUGAAAAAUGUUUUAACGAUUUAGACAUUGGUGAUGAAGAAACAUUAAAUAAUGAAGAUUUAAUAUUAGAACAACCACAAGAAGUUGGAACACCAACCAAGAAAAAUCUCACAAAAAAACAAUCAAAGUCAACUACACAACCAAAACCAACCAAAAAGGGUUCAAAACCAAAAGGCAGACCUCCAAAAUCAUUAAAUAAAGAUAAUAAUAAGGACACCAAAUCUUCUUCAACUACAACCAAAGCAUCAUCUUCAUCAAUUAGUACCUCGCAGUUACCACAACCACAACAAACUUCACAGGUAAAUGCGUCUGAUUACUCGUCAUUAGAAGACGAAUCUGUUCCAAUUAGUCCCGUAAAAAAGAAACGUGGCAGAAAGAAAAAAGUUAAAGAUGAAAUGUCAAGACCUGAUGUUGUAAGAAAUUUAUGGGAUUAUAUUAAAAACAAUGAUCUACAAGAUCCGGAUGACAAAAGGUUUAUAAUCUGUGACGACAAUUUAUGGAAAAUUUUUAAAAAGGACAGAAUACACAGUUUUACAAUGAAUCGUGAUCUCAGUGAACAUUUAAGGAAAAAAGAUGACCCUAAAGGUGGAUUAUUCACAUCAAAUAUUGGUAAUCUAGCUGAUGAAUCAGUUACAGCUGAAGAUUUGUUUGGUGAUGGUGGCGGUGGUGAGAAAGAAGAUGAAUUUGAGGAAGAAGAUGAAUUUGAUGAUAAUGGCGGUGAUGGUGGUGGCGAAGAAGAACUUAAAGAUGAUGUAUAUGAAGGAUUUAUUGAUAGUUAUAGUGGAAGUAAUAGUAAUCAUGAUGAUUAUGUAGAAGAAGAAGAGGACGACGAUGAUGAUGAUGAGGUGAUGGAAGAUGAAAAUGAGGAAACGGAAGUAGUGGUAGAAAACAAUUUACCAAAAAAAUCGGUUAGUGAUGAUGAUGAGGUGGAGGAUGGUGAAUAUAUGGAUGAAGAUGACGACGAUGAAGAUGAUGAAGAUGAUGGUUACAUAGAAUAUUAG